AAAUGAUUGGCAGGAAUAAUGUGGAUUAAUAAUAGAAUUUUAUUAUAAAAGUAAAAUAAAACUAAGAAAGCCAUAAAUUUAUCUGGUCAUGUGAUUGGUGAACCAAAUUCAUUAUGCUAUUGGUAAAUAAUGUUAGCAAAAAUCUGAUUGGUCAAAAUGUCAAUUACCCUAAAAUGAUGUGGGAGUUAAUUAUGAUGAAAAAUCCGAUGAAUCAAAUUGAAUUGAAACAGAAACAAAAAGAAAUUGAAUUCAUAAACUAUUACAUAAUUCUGUUGCGUAAUGGGAUUAAAUAUCUAACUGGCACAUAUACAUACAUAUAUAUCUCUCAUUUGGAUGAGGGAAUGAAAUCAAAGGAAAUGAUGAGAUUAUAA